AUGCUCUUCUGGUACGAGGUUGGCGUCGGGUUGGGGGAGUGCGAGACAGUUGUUAAACUAGCGACCGGGGUUCCUCGGGUCCAUAUCUAUGGCGCUAUGGUUGACCACGCUGUUGUACCUGCAGAACACUGGGAGCGCGAAUUGCACACCGCAGGGUUCGGACAUGUUGAUUGGACCGACGGCAGCUUACCUGAGAAUGCGUUCCAAAAGGUCAUUAUAGCGCUAAAGUCGGGGGCUCAGGGUCCGCGACUACCAAAGCCAGCUGCCCUCCCAGAGCCCAUCCCGGAGCUCAAUCCGGCAAAUAUUGAGACACGCACGGCGGGGGCAGAGAGGCUCGUAUCCACAUACUCCAAUGGCUGGGCUACGUCCAAGCUGCAUUUCCUUGGCGCCAAAAAGGGAAUGUUCAGCUGA